AUGAAGCACAUCGCAUCAACCAUCGGCAACCCCUCGCUCGCCCUUCUGGACCCAUCCGUCUUCUCUGUCGUAGCAGCAGCUUACACAGCGGUCAACGAACGAUGCCCCUCCAUCCUCGGCCACUCUCCCUGCCAGCUCUUCACACCAAGACUUGGGCCUGCAUCUAGAACGUGCUCGCGUCUUCCCUUUCCCCCACCCUCCCGUCCUGUCGUUCGCUGGCUGGCCGCUCCGUUAUUACUAUCGAUACACCACACGCAGUACUCCGUGACUCAGUCUCACGACCAUGGGCCCGCCACAGCAGCGGUUUCCCAACUCGCACCCGUCGACCCUCCAAUCGAACUCUGUCACGCCCGUGCCAAUUACAAUUACAUUCGGACUGCUACGACAGUCUUCUGGAACUCCUGCAGAUGGCCACCCUCCGUCACUGGGGGCGUGGAUGGCACACCGUGUGUGACACCAGACCCUGCUCUGUGCCCCGCGAUUCCCAGACUCGGCUGUCUACUGCUUACUUACACAGCCUUCAGCAUCCAGGCGGGCCUGUCCUCAGCGUAGCCUGUCACCCUGCACAGGCACCCACCCGCUGUCGCUGCUGUUGGCGGAAAGUCAAUCCAUCCAUCAACUUCGCUACCUCUCCAUCACGGGACGAAAACUUGAGGCACCAGAGGCCUGAGCUGCGUCGACAAACCCCACCAGGUGCGUUGGCCGCCCCGGCCUGCUGCGCUCAAUAUAGCACGCUGCCAGUCUGUCAGCCACAAUCAGCCGCCGUCGUGACGCCGCCUUUCCCUACGAUGCUGCCGCUUCAGACCCCAUCCCUCAGGCACUCACAUUCACCUGGCCUGGGAUCUACGAAGACACACGGAACGGUCUUGCGGAGCGCUCCAGCUCUAUCGGCACCGUUCUCCGGAGAUAGAUGCCUUUCCACUAUCGAAACACACACUUCAUCGCGGGGCCCCUGGUCGCCAUCCAACACCAAAGCGACUAAUCACCCACCCAUUCUUACCGUCUCCUGCGCCUUCGCUCGGUGCCCAACGUCUCAGCUAGCCCCAUGAUUCGGUCAUACACAAGCUCGCAUACCGCUUUGCAUUCAUUGGUGGUGGUCGUCACGAUCGAAGCCCCGUAGCCCACUCUCGCGUUGCUGUCCGUCCUCUGGAGACCCAGCGCAGUAUUCCUGCGAAUCCGACUCGGCAACCAGUUCUUGGGAUACGGGGCCUGGUCCAAAUAUGAAUGCUGCCUGGCCGCCGUUUUGGUUCGGUCUGGCGCACUUGACGCGUGAAUACCCCUUGCUCUUUGCAAUCUGUUACCUGCCUUAUCCCCUAUCUCACAAUUACUCAGCCCUGACCUUGGAUUGCACCACAUCACAAAGGUCCCGUGGCGAAACAGACUGAAUGAUGCGAAUUCGCGAUGCUCGUCAUUGAGGGCUGUGUAAGAGUUUGUCUCGGCUCCCUCCACUCACCUCGCAGCGUUAUAACUCGGUGUGACGCAACGAAGUCUCCAAUCGACGACGAACUGCCCCAACUCUUCCAAGCGCUACAUCAGUACGGCCUGAGACAUUCCGUCUCACGACCUUGCAGCAAGAAGGCCGACCUGCAUCUGCUCGGAAACGCUUUCUUCUACAUUGCCGUACCUCCCCGUCUGCGAGGUGCGGUCAUCUUGGCUCUGGAUCGCCGCCGUGUGUCAGAUGCUGAUUCGCUGCACCUGUAAGUGUCGCUAGUGUAUAUCCGAAGUCGAGUCUGGUCCCGUCAUUUCUUGAGCACCCAGCAAGUGCAGUCCCGCGGCCGAUACCCGUCUCUUCUAACCGGGCGCGUCGCUUGCUGUGCUCGGUUGAAGAUGGCAGCGCUGCUUCCCGCUUCCCGCUGCUGGUAGUUCUUCGGCAUCUUUUGGCGGCCCAAUGUCCGAUGCAGUGCGGUGCAGGGCGAACUAUCAGACACCCAGGUUCCUGAUUUUACCUCGAGUCUGGGAGAGGCGACCAGGUAACAUCGUAUUGUAGCCGGAACCCUAGGAGCUGCCGUUCUUUGGCACGGCCGGCAUACUCACAAGAGGUUCAACAUGCGCCCCAGAUCAUGCGGCGCCGCAUGCCUUUCGACCUUUGAUGCGGGACCCUUGAUGACCCUUAACAAUAACCGCAUGCCUGCCAUGCAACGGAAGAGGCCAUCUCGGACCCAGGCCUAUCAAUCAGUUUGUAUCCGUAGUUGGUGUGCUGAUCAGAACGGUAACGGUUUGUUCCCUUUGUAUAUUAGUGCCCGUCCCUUGAUCGGCAUGUCUACCGGCCACUACUCGCCGCUUGUCCAUCCAUGGACGUUCACGCUAGUAGCCAAAUUCAUGGAGCAUCAUUUGGACGUGAAGAUUAACGCCAUCGAUAAGCGAUAUACCCAUACUCGAUACCCAAUAGAGAAUGCCAGCGGGACGGAGUGGACAGGUAUUGGCCAGUUCGUGCUGCGGAUUUGUCUCUGCUCGUUGGGAAACGGGAGUCUGGGACGACUUUGCGGCAGAAAAUAGACCCGAUGCUGUUGAUCCCGGGUCAUUCUAGGGACCCAGUGAUCUCACCAUCCCCUCGCAUCGAUGGACAAGCCGCGCCAGACAUGCAAGCGUCCGAAGUCGGACUCCAUACGGGAGGAACAGACCGUCGGUGGCUUAUUUUUCGUUCAGUUGACGCAACAAUGUCCGCCAAGAGGUGCACCUCUUAGAACCGUGGCAGAAGAAGCAUCGCCAGCUGAGCAGAAGCCCAGAACAUUCCUUCCUUGUUGGUUUUUGCUGUUUGACUCACUCUGUAGCAACCAUGUAGCCCCUCGUCAUCAUGCCUCACUUGCCAUGAUGGUCCAUCAAACAAACCCCCUCAGGACAUUGACGUCCCGGUGGCGAGCAAGAUAGUUAGGCUUGCUUUUCCAGACUCGUCUCGCGUUACAUGAAGGUUCGAUGAGGAAGAGUCCCAAAACUAGCAGUUCUCCUCGCUGUCACCGUCCAGUGGUGUUUGCUGGCGGUGCGCGGCUGCUCACCUGUUAAACGUUAAACCCGUGUGAGGCCAUCUUCCACUCCUGUUCGGUCAUUUUGCCACGAUCCCAUUAUCGAAAUUGCCACACCAUUCCGCCCCGACGCUGCUCCAUUUGCUUUACGAAUGUACGCCGCGUUGCUCCCUGUGUCCAUACAACCAACAAGCGGACAUGGACAUGGGAAUGUCUAUCCGCCCUA